CGCUGCCCUGCCGGGUGAAUCAUCGCCCGCGGCGGCCGCUCGCAGUCCCGCUGCCGCGCGCCGAACCCUGACCGCGCCCCUGCGGAGCGCCGCGCCGAGCAGCCGCUGAGACCCACGCUCGCUCGCUGGGCGGCAGCGCGGGCACCGGGCCGACCAUGGCGGGCAUCGCAUUCAAGCUGGCGAAGGACCGGGAGGCGGCCGAGGGGCUGGGCUCGCACGAGAGGGCCUUCAAGUACCUCAGCCAGGACUACGCGGCGCUGCGGGACGAGUGGCUGGAGGCCGGGGCGCUCUUCCAGGACCCGUCCUUCCCGGCCCUCCCGUCUUCCCUGGGCUUCAAGGAGUUGGGACCCUACUCCAGCAAGACCCGGGGCAUCGAGUGGAAGCGGCCCACGGAGAUCUGCGAUGAUCCCCAAUUUAUUACUGGAGGAGCCACUCGCACAGACAUCUGCCAAGGAGCCCUGGGUGACUGCUGGCUGCUGGCAGCCGUUGCCUCCCUCACCUUGAAUGAAGAAAUCCUGGCUCGAGUCGUCCCCUUGGACCAGAGCUUCCAGGAGAACUACGCGGGGAUCUUCCGCUUCCAGUUCUGGCAGUACGGCGAGUGGGUGGAGGUGGUGGUGGACGACAGGCUGCCCACCAAGGACGGGGAGCUGCUCUUCGUGCACUCGGCAGAGGGCAGCGAGUUCUGGAGCGCGCUGCUGGAGAAGGCCUACGCCAAGAUCAGUGGGUGUUACGAAGCACGCUCGGGGGGUGCCACCACUGAGGGCUUCGAGGACUUCACCGGAGGCAUCGCCGAGUGGUACGAGUUAAGGAAGGCCCCUCCCAGCCUGUUCAAGAUCAUCCAGAAGGCUCUGCAGAAAGGCUCUCUCCUUGGCUGCUCCAUCGAUAUCACCAGUGCUGCAGACUCGGAGGCCAUCACCUUCCAGAAGCUGGUGAAGGGGCACGCGUACUCGGUCACUGGCGCCGAGGAGGUGGAAAGCAGAGGAAGCCUGCAGAAGCUGAUCCGCAUCCGGAAUCCCUGGGGAGAGGUGGAGUGGACCGGGCAGUGGAACGACAACUGCCCAAACUGGACAACUAUUGACCCUGAGGUGAGGGAAAGCCUGACCAGACAGCAUGAAGAUGGGGAAUUCUGGAUGUCUUUCAAUGACUUCCUGAGGCACUAUUCCCGCCUGGAGAUCUGCAGCCUGACCCCUGACACGCUGACCAGUGACGCCUACAAGAAGUGGAAACUCACCAAGAUGGAUGGGAACUGGAGGCGGGGCUCCACCGCGGGCGGCUGCAGGAACUACCCGAAUACCUUCUGGAUGAACCCUCAGUACCUGAUCAAGUUGGAGGAGGAGGACGAGGACCAGGAGGACGGGGAGAAUGGCUGCACCUUCCUGGUGGGUCUCAUCCAGAAGCACCGGCGGCGGCAGAGAAAGAUGGGCGAGGACAUGCAUACCAUUGGCUUCGGCAUCUAUGAGAUUCCAGAGGAGUUCACAGGACAGACCAACAUCCACCUGAGCAAGAACUUCUUCCUGACGCACCGAGCGAGGGAGCGGUCGGACACCUUCAUCAACCUGCGGGAGGUGCUCAACCGCUUCAAGCUGCCCCCGGGGGAGUACAUCCUGGUGCCGUCCACCUUCGAGCCCAACAAGGACGGGGACUUCUGCAUCCGGGUCUUUUCCGAGAAGAAAGCCGACUACCAAGUCGUCGACGAUGAAAUCGAGGCCAACCUUGAAGAGAUACCGUACUGCUUGAGCCCCACCCGCUCUGUCCUGAACAACCCAGGAGCAGCGGAGCAGAAAAUAACCCCAAGGGUUUAGGAGGCCCCCAGGAUUUCACGAGCACAGCUUGAAACUAGGAUUGAUGUCAGCGAGGACGACAUCGAUGAUGGAUUCAGGAGGCUGUUUGCCCAGUUGGCAGGGGAGGAUGCAGAGAUCUCUGCCUUUGAGUUGCAGACAAUCCUGAGGAGAGUUCUGGCAAAGCGUCUGAACGUCAGCCUGGGGAUGGUCUCCAGAAGUCCCGUGGACUUCACUCUGGCCCAACCCCAAGAGAUAAAAAUCCUCCUCUUGAAGCCAAAGAAGGAUCCAGGCCAGUGGGGUCUUCCAUCACAGUGCACGUGAACGACACGCAUGUGGUCCCUCACAGGAACCACGUGUGACCGAUCCAUGCCCUGUGGCCUCCAAACGAACGGCUGCAUUUGAGCUUCUUCGCAGAGCUGCAGCCACGGGGUCCAGCGGCCAGGGUAGGACUUCCCCAAGGCAGACCCUGGUCCUCGGCCCCCUCCUCCGAUCUGGGGGUGACGAGACGUGGUGUUUACCCUCGAGGCCACCAGGCACGAGUGAGGUCACAGGCUGUUAAGCUGUGUGGUUGUCAUGAACCCAGGGACACUGAGCCCCAUUGUCAGAUAACUGUGCUAGGCAUUUUUAUAAUUGUCUUGUCACAGUAAUCCUGGGAAGUGAACCUAUUACCCCCAUGUUCUAAGUGGUGUAUCUUAAGUGUAGAAUUCCUAUAUCCAACAUAAAUGGCCAUGUUGAAAGAAGGAAAGAUGUCAUUCAAGUGUUUUCCUAUUCUUUUUUAUUAUUACUAUGCCCUUUGCAAUGCGACACUGUGAAAACAGCCCUUUGGGGGCAUCUCCCUUUUCCAGAAUCUCUCCUUGGCUCACCACCAGCUUGGUUUCCUCAUGGGGAGUGUUUUACUUGGCCUUCCUAUAUCUGAUAAAGCUACAAACAAACCAGGAGAGGCCAGCAGGGUGUUAGUGCCCAGAAGGGAACGGCUUUGGGAUUUCAGGCGCAUAUCUCUUUCCUUGGAAUCCUUUCAGCAUGUGGAGAAGGAGGCUGGUAUCUGCAGUUAGGUAUCAGAUGUGACCAGAACAGGCUUUUGAGUAUUCUGAUUUCUUUCCUGGGUCCCAAGGCUUGUUUCAUCCCAGGAUGCAUCUUUUUAAGGUGAAAAGCCUUAACCUCCGGAGAAGUUUAGGAGAGUCUGAUCUCCAAAGGUGGAGGAAAGGCAAUACCUGGACCAUUAACUUGAAAUCCUUUCUUGUGAGCUAGGGUUUGACAUCUCUUUUUGAUCUUUGGACUGGGGCCUCUAUAUUUUCCAGGCUAGUUUAAGCAUUGAAACUAGAUGUGAAUCUCUUUCAAGACCUUAAAUGUUUUAGAUAGUCAUGUAGUGACUUGGAUAGGCAUUUAACUAAUUUGUUCCAAGGUCAGAAGAGCCCAAGAAUUCCCCAGAGUUCCUCUCUUUGCUUCUAAAGGCACAACCUCUAAAGAAGAUGACUCAUGUCUCCAUGGCAACUGUUAAAGGUGCUGCCUAGAGGGGACCUGCCUCCACCCUCACUUACUUAGCUUGAAAGAAUCAAAAGAAUUUCCUUGUGUCAAGGGGGUGCUAUGUCCAGUUUUCUUAUGAAAACUGUUGUCAAGAUUCCUGCCUCUUUCUGACAUGGUAGCUGUCAAAUUCCUUCAAGGUGAUGUAGGAAAUGGCUCUUAUCUCUUGGAAGCCAGAGAAAUUGCUUUAAUUCACCAAGACUCACCCCUAAACCAAAGGCCUUAUUCUAAUGCUGUCUUCCCUCUCUACUCUGAAUUCUCCCUUCUUUCCUUUCCAGGGGUUGUUUUUAGCCCAAGGCUUUGCAUCUGAUUGAGUAAGACUUAGAGGCAGUAAAAAGAACACCGUGAACUCAGCCAGAACCGCCUUAGGGUCCCUAGGGUUGAGAAUAGCUCUAGAACCUCGGGGACCCCUGGGCUUAGACCCAGAAGUGAUAGAACAGCCCCUGAUUUCUGGCAUUUCAGUCCAGAUCUUCAAGGACUGUUCUCCCUUGACAGUCAAGUGAGCAAGGAAAGUUUCGCAGUAGAUUGCAAGCCAGCUUUUCCGUAUCUAUUUUCCUGGAGCAGAACAAGGCAGCUGCCUUAUAGGACUCUAAAUUUGGAUCAAUUUCCUAACACACACACACACCCCCCCACAGAAAGAUACAUGGAGAAAAAAUAUAUAACUACUUUAUCAGUGAAGUACUUCAAGGAAGAGCUGCAUUUUGCCGUACUGUAAUCUCUAAGAUAAUGUCUAGGAAAGCAUUCGUGUAAUUAUAAUAAUACCAAACUAGGAAAAGCUAGUGAUCACUCUCACGAAAGUCUGAGUUAGACUCGAAUAGGAGGAUGAAGGUCUGCUGGUCGUCAGGUCUUGUGCCCUCUCCGUGCCAGGAUGCCUGCCACUAGCAUCUUUCACUCACCUGGGCUUUAACCUGGACUCUGGCAGCCUUUCCCAGCUCCAGCACAUACAGGACCCAUCCCUCAGGACACGUGCCAGGUCUAGCCGUAUACCCCAGCGUUUCUCACACGCUCUCCCACUCAGCCAGUAUGUCCCUGACUGUGGCACUUCAGCAGCUCCACUGGGCACUGGGACGCCAGCGACUGGGGUUGGGGCCCCUUCGUCUAGGUUGGCCCAGAUGUAACAUCUUUAGCAUUGCCUCUUCCAGUGUCGGGCUCUCAUUUAUUCGACAGAUUAUUUGGAGCCCCUAGUAUACUCCAGGCACUGAGCUAAUCCCCAGCAAUACACGGUUGACCCAAGCCCAGCUCCCGCCCUCGAGGAGCCCACCAUUAGUGGGGAAGACAGUGUGGGAAGUGCCGCUGCAGGGAAUUACUGGGUGCCGUGGGAGGCGCUCAGAGGCACAGCCGCCCAGCUUUGGAACUCGGGGGCUUCCUAAAAGAGGGGACAUCAAAGCUCCAGUUUGUCAGAGGCCUGAGGGAGAGCAUUGCAAAGGGCCUUCCUGGCCGAGGGGACAGCAUGGCGCUCGGCCAAAGGAGGGACAGCGUGGGUUGUCAGGGCCUGUGUGCAGAGAAGCAGCUGGAGCUAGGAGUUGAGGAGGGAGAAGAGAGGGACGUGGCCAGGGCAAUCAGUGACCCAGCCCAGGGGGCAUAAAGAGAGCUGUAGGUGACGCUCUGCCCCCUCUGAAGCCCACUGCCGAGGCCACCCAGCGAGGUAAGUGUGAUCCCCAUCAGGACCAGAUUUUCCCUCCUCGCCGUGGAGGUACACGGUUGCUCGCUGAGAUGAUUUAUUCCUGUGUCUCCUCCACCCCUCCCCCAGCUCCUUGUCCUCUCCCCCAGAGGUGUUUGAUUUCAAGAGCUUUAACCUGGGCUGGAUUUAGAGACAUACAGGGGACAGCUCUGGGUCAUCCUGACCUGGCUGUAGAACCACCAAGGCUAAAAAUACCUCUUGGGAACAAGGCGGCCAAGACCCCGGGAUGAGGGUGUACCCUAAGAUAAAUACACGGGAAGCCACCUAGGGCUUCCCAACUCGGGGGUGUGAGGUCUCCAUUCAUUCUACCGAAGGGCAGCCUCCCUUGGACAAACUUUCCCCGGGUUGGGUCAUACCUGGCGGCCGAGCCUCUGCCGUGUCUGCAGUGUGCACCUGUGUCCUGCCAAAGAAAGGGGAGUUAACAAACAGAAACAAAAAAGCACAGAUGGAUCGCGUGCACAUGGAAAAUACCCGCAAGCCUAGGCAGCUGCCGUGAGCCUCGUGGGGACGGGGAGGCCCCUGGAGCCCUGCGCUCUUUGCCAGUGACGCAGGGAAGGCUCAGAGACAGCAGACAGAGUCUCUCUGUGCAGACAGCUCGCGGUGCCUUUUAGGUUUUCCAAAGAACCUAUUCAGAGCUCAGAGCGUUGGGUUUCUCUUCCCUUUGCCCCCAGACAAAUAAUUAGAGACUUUAUAAGGAGAAGAAAAGAAAUUAGAUGAAUCAAAAUACCAGCUGUGAGGCAGCAUGGUUGCAAGAAACUCAAGAAAAGGCCACAAUAGGUAACAAUUUCCGUGAGGAGUUGGAGGCACUGGGGGCUGAAGGCAGUUUUCCUAGCUGAGGGGCUCAGGUCUCCUGACCCCAGAGGGCCCUGAGGACGGCUUGGGGCUCACGAAUUUUGCAAGACCUCCACACCUGCCCUCCUGGGUGCAGCCUGGCAUAUUCACCAGCCUUCUGGACCCUUGGAAAGAUUGUUGCUCAAACACCUACUCUUUUCCCAGAUACUCCUCUGGCUCCUUACUGAGGAAUUUCUAAUUCUGUGUCUUGUGGUUCCCACGCGACUAUCCCACCAGCCUAGACGUUUUAAUUAGAAUUCGGCCUGUAGUAAUCACGAUGCUGGAAACUGACAGAAUAUUUGGCCUCAAAUACACCUACUUUAAAAUGAAGGUCCUGGAAGGUCCCCUUGGUCGGGGCGUGGUCAUGGAAUACGGCCAGGUUUGCCUUAGGGCACCCUCUCCCCAUUGUCUGCCCUGGUCCAAUUCCCUCUCCAUCACCAGGAAGAGAUCAAAAUGCUUCCCUGCCAGGUGUCAGUGGCUGUGUAUUUGCUCUUCCCAAGGGCAUUUGUGUUUUAUUUAGGAUGAGGCGUUACAUUCAAGGAAAAUCUAGUGGCAGGAUCAGGAGACAUCAGCUCUCCUUCAGGUCUGGGAGAUCAUCUUGAGGCAUUGCUCUCCUGAGCACCUGCAGAGGCUUCCUCAGGUGGGCGUGGGAGCCCCGCAGGGAAGCCUGCCCAGCCCUCCACGUGCACGUGAAUUCUGUAAAGCGGUGGGUGCCCAUCUGUUUGGACCACACGUGGCUGUCAGCAAAAACCUUGUGAGAUGCAUCCCCCCCCGUAUGUUUAUUAAUUUAAAGUAUAUAUUCAUAUACUUCUGUACUAAAACAUUAGGCACAUUUUUUAAAGUGCACAACAUAGAAAUUUUUAAAGAAUAAGAUACAAAAUAUUAUAGACAGAGGUUCUGGUAUUUUCACUCUGAAGCCCUGAGGGUUUGGGUGCCCCCUAGUAUUAAUAUGUGCACAGCCACUUUGGACACCAACCACCAUUUCAAGAGCAAAUCCUCACACCUUGACGGCAUCCAUCCCAAACUACUGUGCUGGCACUUGGCCUGAAGCAUAGGAAGGUCUUAAAGCAAAAUCCCCAGGAGAUUCUAAUCUGGGAGACAGGGCAAGCAAACUCUCAAAUGGCAUAAACUUAAACAAUUCAAAACCCCAUCCGACAGGAGAGUGGACACCCUAGGCAGUAGUGGCUAUAGGUGCUAAGAAAAGAUCAGGUACACUGUACAGAGCCAUGGGGUUGCUCAUAUUCCCUCUCUGGGUCUCCAGAAAAGGACAUUUGGCAAUAUCCCCAGCUCUCUCAUGAUUGGAAUUCUUUGAACCCUCAAAGUUCUUCAGUAGUACUAUUAUUCCCCACAGCGCAAGUGGGUCCACGUCGCUUGAAUAUUAUUUCUGAUUUGACCACCAAGAUAUGAUGAUGAUUCUGUUUCAUUUGAAAGGGUCUGAGAAGGUAUACAGGUCUAAUUAUAUAUACAUAUUUAUACAUGUGUAUUUUUGUUUAUUGUUACAUUUUGACAUUGGACUUUCUAUUAAAUAAUUUUUAACAGUU